GAACCAGGUGAACUAAUUCAAAGACACCUCCCCGAGUGCCGCUCUUGCUUGUACUCACUAACUCCAUCUUCGCCUGUUGGGGGGAAUAUUCCCUGAAUUACUCACAAUUGAGUCUUCAAGCGGUAAAGAACAUGUAUCGUGCAAACUAAUGGAAGGUGAAAAGUCAGCAUCUGUAACACAGAAGAAGGGUGUCACGGCGAGUUACUUGUUUCUCUGAUUAAAGCAAGAUGGGGGAAACAUUUGUAAAGGAGCUGUUGAGUUUGUGUCUCAUUAAAAUUGCAGUGGAUGACAACACAAACUCAGAACUUGAAUUCCUCCACGUGGUGAAGAAUUAUGAGGAAACUAGGAAAAAAUGGCUGCAGUCUGAGCUAGAGCUGAAGAAGUAUAAAGAGCUCCUGAUGAAGUCGGAGUUGACAAAAUCAGCACUAGAGGUAAAAUUAAAACAUGCUCGCAACCAGGUUGAUGUGGAGAUGAAGAAACGGCACAAAGCAGAGGCUGAUUUUGAACACCUGGAAAGACAGAUGCAGCUGAUUUGUGAUGUUUUAAUGCAUGAUGGCCAGUCUGGUGCUUAUCUAAAUGAAGAACAGAAAUUUGUGCUGGCCAACUUCAAUACGAGAAGAUCGGGUGUCACUCACAAUAUGGGCAGAAGAUUAUCUGUCAUUGAUGAAUCCGGCAACUCAUUUCUGUCACAUUCAGAUAUUAGUUAUGACCGAACAGAUGAUGACCUGGAUCUGGAUACUUCUGUGGUUAAACCACUUAAAUCAAGAGCCCGAGAGAAAAGGCGCUCCUCUCUCGCUCCGGGGGUUGGGCCGCCUCUUCUCCCUAAGCGGGUUCGAGCCGGAGGACGAUCAGGUGACUUCUUAGGAGGAAAGGCAGCUGAAAAUGUCCACUGUGAAUCGAUUGUGACAAAAACUACCGUGACUCUGCCCGAGGACAGAGGUCACAUUCAGACUGUGUCUACUAUUGAGACACUGCCUCAGAGGUCUUUCAGAAACCAGCAGAUCUCCUCUGUAACAGAGCAAACCACAGUGUGGGCUGUUGGGGAGGACACAAAUGGAGGAAAUCUGACAUGUGUCACUGAGAUGGAAAUAGAUUCGAACAUUAAGUUUCAGAAUGUUCCUGCUAUCCCUGAAGAAAAAGGAUCACGACACACAUUUAUUUCUAAAACGGUUAUCCGUCCUGAAGCUUGUAUCCCAUGUGGGAAGAGGAUCAAGUUUGGGAAGAUGGCUGUGAAGUGCAGGAAUUGUCGGAUGGUGGCUCACCCUGAAUGCAAAGACCUGUUUUCCCAGAGAUGUGUGCCUAGUGUCUCGGGCCCUUCUGCUCAGAAUUUCAAGGGCAUUUUGGCAAAUUUUGCUCCAUCGACUCCUCCAAUGAUCCCUCCAAUAAUUGUACAGUGCGUAAAUGAGAUUGAGAAGAGAGGAUUGCAAGAGAUUGGAAUUUACAGAGUGCCUGGCUGUGAGCGAGUUGUGAAAGAACUGAGGGAAAAAUACCUGCUUGGGAAAGGGGUAGUUUCACUUAGUAAGGUGGAUGAUAUUCAUGUCAUCUGUGGACUUCUCAAAGACUUCCUGAGAAAACUGAAGGAACCCAUUCUUACUUUUCAUCUUCACAAGGUGUUCAUGGAUGCGUGCGAAAUUCUCGAUGAUGAUAACAGUAUUGCAGCGAUGUGCCAAGCUACAGGAGAUCUGCCGCAGCCCAACAGAGAGACACUGGCCUUUCUCAUGCUGCAUCUGCAACGAGUGAUGAAGAGCCCGUUCUGCAAAAUGGACCUGAACAAUCUGGCCAGGGUGUUCGGCCCCACCAUUGUUGGGCACUCUGUCCCAGAGCCAUCCCCUAUGAUGAUAAUGAGGGAUACGACACUGCAGCCGAAAGUUGUUGCUCGUCUCCUGUCCCUGUCAGAAGAUUAUUGGAAACAGUUUAUUAUGGUGGAAAGUGAUCGGAUAAUUUCAUCUGUAGUUGAUGCCAAUAUCAAUAAUGAUAGCAACGCCAUGGAAAAAGAUCGCCUGUUUAAGCCCUUGACGUCCCCAGAGAUGAGUGGUGCUUUCAAAACCCCCAGCUCUGGCUCUCUGAAGGGCAAAUUCAAAACCACUCUGGGCACUGCUCUAAACCAGCCGUUCAACAGCAAAACCAAGACUGAAUCUGGCAGAAAAAAGUUUUUUACAUCCCCAAACUGAUCCAGCUGUUUUUUUAUUAAUGAAAAGGGGUUGGGUUGAGGUGUGACUAGGUUUUCUUUUGACUAUAAAAUGUCAGAAAUGUUUCUUAGGGGCUUCUGGAAAUAGCGUGAAUGCUGCUCCAAUGUUUAAUUAUGACAUUUUGAAGGAGAGAGGCUCUUCGAAGCUGCUUAUUCUUUUGGUGGUUUCUAAGAAUAAAUUUGUUGGAUUAUUUUGAAUGUAAUUGUAAAGUGCAUCAGGGAUCUUUAGCCUUUUAUCUUCCAGUCUGUCCUUUCUGCUGCUGCACAUUAUCAAAACUAACAGCUCUUUGUUGGUAAAUGGAGCUCCUAAAAUUAGCUGUUUUCAGGGCAGCCUCUGCAUCUGCCUCUCUAAAGGGCUCUAUUUGUAAUUUAUUGCUGGCAGACCUUAAAUAAUGGAUUGAAUUUAGUAGUAGAUGAGAAUCUUGCAUUUGUACUGAAACUAGUUCCUUUUUUCGUAUAGAUAUUUAUAUUUAAUAUUACUUGUAUAAAGCCAUUUUCAAAAGUAAUGACAUCCUUGGAUGGAUAAUCAUUUGCAGUGUAUAUAUAUAUAUUUCAGUCAUAUAUGAAAUAUGAUGAUUCCUGAUUGUUUCUAGGCAAUGUUUAUUGCAUAAAUACACUGCCAUAUUUAUCAGAUUUUAUUGCUAUGAAAGAGGGAAGAGGAGUGAAGGGGGAAUCAAGGACGUACAAUAUCAACAGCACACCAUCCUUCAAGCUUUCCUGGUACCUUUCAGUUGGAAUAUUUAUAAACUUGGAAACAAUUUGUGUUAAGCCAUUUUGAAUUUUCUUAUGGUUCUAAUGAAAACAUUUAAAUUUAGUUUUUCUGCUAUGCCCUUGUCACAGUGAUUUAUUAAUCACAGUUCAGUAUCUGCUGAACAAAAUAGUUUCAAGUUUAACAUUUGUAAAGACCUUUAUCAGACUUGAAGAAAACCAGCUUGGUACUUCAAGAUACCAGGAAGACUGAAAUAUUCAAAGCUAUUAAAAAAAAUUGAAAGUACUUAUGCAUUAAAAUAUAUUCUGCACUUGGUCAGAUUUACUGAACAUAAAUACCUUGUGAAUAUGUAUGGGAAUGAAUUAGUGUGCUGUGCCAUGGGGAAAAUCGUAUUUAUGGAAUCAUGCACUGGAAAGGAACUGAAGCACUUUGUAAACCUGGAGUGUUCAAGUAAGUGAAUUAAAUCUCCAUCUAAUAUCUGCAUCUCUGAUCCUCGCAAUAUUUAUUCUAUAAAAAAAUAUAAUGAAUUUGAACAGAUUUUUGCACCAUGUGGAAACUUAUAGCUUGAUUACAUUUAUUAACAUUACAGUUGGCUGAUAUGCUUCAUACAACACCCCCCUGGGAAAUAGCACAGGCCCAUUUUCUCUUUGAAGUUGCUACACUCCUGCUUUGAUUAACCUCCACUUUAGCAUUACCCUCCUGAAGCUAAUCUUGCAGCCAAUGUCAUGGCAACAACAGCAAACUGGUACUAAUAACGCAUGUAUACAAAAUGAUGUGCACACUUGUUAAAAUUUUAUUAAAGGUAAAGGUACAGUAAGUUACAGUAAAGGUAAGCAAAAUGUCAAGAGAGAAAUAUGUAUUCAGUCACAUGAACUCAUCAUUUGGGCAAGUCUCUACCAGCUUUGCACAUCAGGUUGAUGCAAUCUUUCCCCGUUCUUGGCAGAAAAAGCUCUUGCAAGGUUUUUGGGGAUCAUUUAUGGACAACAGCUUUCCUC